AGAGCGGCCGGAAGUGGCCUUGCUACUCUCCUCUUCCACCCGGAAGUGGGUCUGGCUGGGCCAGUAUCGACGGCUGAGGCGUUGCAGGAGGUCACGGUGAGGCUUCAAAGAAGGAAGGAAAAGGGGAAAGUCUUGCCUCCUGCCUCAGCGCCACCGGGGCCUUGCUUUCGGGUGGAGAGCGAAAGAGGGCUUCCUUAUGCCAGACCAUGCGGACGCCAGCCUGCCCCCAGAGGACAGGGUCCGGGGCCUCGUCCAAAUGGGGAGCAAUGUGGAGGUGAACGAGGAUGUCCCUCCACGGAGGUACUACCGCUCCGGCGUGGAACUCAUCCGGAUGGCGAACAUCUAUUCGGAGGAAGGCAACAUCGAACGUGCCUUUAUAUUGUACAACAAAUACAUCACGCUUUUCAUUGAAAAACUCCCCAAACACCGCGAAUACAAAACUGCUGUCAUUCCAGAAAAGAGAGAAACAGUUAAAAAACUAAAAGAGGUUGCCUUUCCAAGAGCAGAAGAGCUGAAGAAGGAUCUCAUAGAGAAGUACAGCAAAGAAUAUGAAGAAUAUAGCAUACGUCAGAAGAAGCAAGAGGAGGAGUUUGCUCGGAGCCUGGCUCUUCAGCAGCAGCUGGAGGAAGAGAAGCAGAGGGUGGCCCUGAUGAAGCAGCAGCAGGCUGAGCAGGAGCAGUUCCAGGCCUUUGAGGAGAUGAUCCGGCGCCAGGAGCUGGAGAAGGAGCGGCUGAGGAUCCUGCAGCAGUUUGGGGGGCCGGGGCCAGAGCCUUCUGUGCAGGAUGCCCCCCUGAUCCCCGGGGCCCCCAGGCCCCCCACGGACCCCCAGGUCCAGCCACCCAGCAGCGGAGGAGGAGUCAUCCUGCCCAAACCGCCUGCAGUGGACCGGUCUCUGAAGCCUGGAACCUUGAGCAGCCUGCACAGUGAUGCAGCCAUAGAAGGCCUUCGCCAGGUCAUCGUCCCCAGGGAGCUCUGCCAUAGAUUCCUCCAGCUGGCCGAUGCCAACACCGCGAGGGGCAUAGAGACCUGUGGGAUCCUUUGCGGGAAGCUGAUGCAGAACGAGUUCACCAUCACCCAUGUCAUUGUCCCCAAGCAGACCGGUGGCCCCGACUAUUGCAACACGGAGAACGAAGAGGAGCUCUUCCUCAUCCAGGAUCAAUACAGCUUGAUCACCUUGGGAUGGAUCCAUACGCACCCGACCCAAACGGCCUUCCUCUCCAGCGUGGACCUGCACACGCACUGCUCCUACCAGAUGAUGCUGGCGGAGUCCAUUGCUAUUGUCUGCUCACCAAAGUACCAAGAGACGGGGUUCUUUAAACUGACAGAGCACGGCAUGGAGGAGAUUUCUUCUUGUCGGCAGAAGGGGUUCCAUCCGCACAGCAAAGACCCUCCCCUCUUCACUACUUGCACCCACGUGAGCAUCCUGGAGCGAGACGUGGUGGUUCUGGACCUUCGGUAGAUGGACUGCUGUUCCAGCCAGUGACUCUCCUCCUCGGAGCUUCCCAGCAAUGAUGCCUCCUUGGUGCAGGGAUCCCCCAGACUUUGGCCUCCUCCUUGAUGUGAUGGUCUGGCCCAGUGGCUGCAUUUGGGGCUCCCCAUGAGUUUGGGUGGCCGGGUGGGGAAUCAUGGAACUCUAACGUGUGCCAGAUGCAACCUCCACCACGUCCGGUUGCUCCCUGAGCUUGUUCCAGUUUCACUCCAGGGCAACGUACGCAAAAACACCCAACCGAUUAAAGACAUUUAAUACA